ACCACGCAUAUCUCUCGCGCCAUUGAGUCCAUUCCAUUCCACGCGUGCAUUUUCUACCCCCCUCCCCUCACUUUUGCGCGGAGCUAUUGAGUGGUGUCAUGACUGAAAGCUCGCCUGUUCACUCAACACAAUGUUUUAUGGAUUAUCUUCCCUUGUAGUAACGAGAGAUAGAUGUGGAAGGAACGCGGAGCGAGACGGAGCACUGCCCGGGUUACAGCAGUAGCCUAAAAACCGGGCGACUGGGGGGUUCCAUUCAACCGGGCUUUUCUAAUGCCCGUCGUUUUCGUGGGGCUCGGUUCGCUUCACCUCUGUGAUCAUGCUUUACUUCCAGCUGGUGAUCAUGGCAGGGACUGUCAUGUUGGCUUACUACUUUGAGUACACCGACACUUUCAACGUGCACGUCCAAGGGUUUUUCUGCUAUGACAAUGCAUACACGAAGCCCUACCUUGGACCAGAGGCGUCCAGCGCUGUUCCUCCUGCCAUACUCUAUGCAGUGGUCUGCGGAGUGCCGUCGCUUCUGAUCACAGCCAUAGAGUCGUUGUUGUUUCUGCUCCAGUAUGUGUCAGAGGACCUGGACAAUCGGGAGAAGAUCAUUGUCAUGGGAGACUGCUGUUACCUCAACCCUCUGGUGCGCAGGACCUUCCGCUUCCUGGGUGUGUACGCUUUUGGCCUUUUCUCCACUGACAUAUUUGUGAACGCGGGCCAAGUGGUGACGGGGAACCUGUCCCCCCACUUCCUGACGGUGUGUAAGCCCAACUACACAGCCCUGGGCUGCGUGCAGACCGCCCGCUUCGUCAACCAACAGGGGGCGUGCACGGGCAACGAGGACGACAUCAUGCACGCCCGCAAAUCCUUCCCCUCCAAAGAGGCGGCGCUCAGUGUCUAUGCCGCACUCUACACAGCGAUGUACAUCACGUUAAAAGUGAAGGCCAAGGGGACCAAGCUGGCCAAGCCACUCCUAUCUCUGGGACUUAUGUGUCUGGCCUUCCUCACAGGAAUCAACAGGGUAGUGGAGUACCGCAACCACUGGUGUGACGUCAUCGCCGGGUUUAUCAUCGGAGGGGCCAUAGCAGUCUUCAUGGUUCUAGGGGUGGUGCAGAACUUCAAAGGGAAGAGCCUGCUGAAUGAGAUCCCGCCGGAGGAGAGCGUGGUCAGCAGUAUUCCUAUGAUGGGCCAGCCCAGGAUCAUGGACAACACAAUGGAGAAGUACAUAGCCUCACAGAAUCCUAUUACUUUUGCCGAGGUUACAUGACAAUGAAUGUGUCACAUGACACACAUUGUUUGGACGUGGUUGCUGCUCGCUUAUCAGUCAUCAUGGUCGCCAGAGGGAGGGAGGGCCACACUGAUCCUGAUGUUGAUGUGUAUCUAUACUAGGGUUGGGGAUCAAUUACAUUUCAAUUCAGGCCUAAAACUGAAAUUCCGAUUCAAUAAUUUACUUCUCAAUAAACGAAAAACCUUUUCAGUUUUUGAAUUGUAUAUUUAAAUAACUUCCAGAAUUAACUGAGUGACUUUAAUUAUAAUUGACCCCAACCCUGACCUAUACAGUAUGACACUAUUUCCAAUCAAUCAUUAUGUUCACCCUGAUCAUUCCAAAGGAAUUGGAGAUAUUUCUGUAGCUUUACCAGUUUAUUUGAUUUUUUCCAACCAGUCAACAUUUUCUCUCCUUUCUUCUUCUUCAUUCCUCUCUCUCUCCUGUUGCAGUUUGACGUUUAUUGUCAUGAAUCUUUCCCUGGCGGCAGAAGUGAGUGAUUUCCGCUAGAUGGGCCAGCUGCAAUGUAAAAAUUGUCUAUUUCGUAAAAAUUCAUUGAAACAAACAUUUGCUUUUUGGUCUUAAUUUAAGGUUAAGGUUAGGCAUUAGGGUUAGCAGUGUGGUUAACAUUAUUGUUAAGUUCAGGUUUCAAAUCAGAUUGUUUGACUUUGUGACUGUGCCAGCAUGUGAGCACUCUGCAGACCUGCCUCCAGAACACGAGUCAUCCCAAUAAAAUGCCAAGCUGCUCUUCUGUCCUGCUGAUUACUGGCGUUCAUUGAAUUCCCCCAAAGUAUUACUUAUUUUAUAUACUGUAUCAAACAAACAUAAUACUGCUGUAUAUGCACUUUUAUUUCCUCAAAGAUUAGGAAUCCUAUAGCCCAACUGUGUAAACCUGUAUUAUGUUUAUUUCUUAUUAUGUCAUGUGUGUUUGCUUGACAGUAUGAUGUAUGCAUUGUAACCCUUGUAACCCGUGCAAUCCUAACUGUAUGUUGUCAGAGCCACUCUGUGGGUUUAUUUCUGUUUAGAUUUUCCCAUCCUGAGAGAACGAAGAUCCAAAGAUCACAGACAUUUUAGUAUAGUCUUUAUUGGUAGUUUUCAGAGGAAUCCCUCUUGCGAUUAGCUAGAAAUACGUGGGUGUGCGACUGUGUGUACGUGUGCGAAUGGAUCCGUACAUGUGUGUGCAUGUGUACUGUAUGUGUGCUUGGUAAACGUUUCAACAUCAUUUUCUCUUGUGGAUUGAAGGAUGUUGCUUAGGGCUUGCCAGACAAUCAACAACCAUAAUAUUGCCACAGUCAGGCAACAUAGCUAAGAUGGAAAUAUGAAGAUGUUUUUGAUAUGCUAUAUGUUUUGUGUAUUGAUUCAUACUGUAUGUUGAUAUGGCAGAUACUUGUUUAGUACAAUAUGCAGUAUUGUUUUAAACUCACAGGCCAGCAAUGAGAUUCAUAGUUGAUGCACGACUAGACGUCAGUUUCCCGAAUGCAUUGUGGUUGAAGUUUGUUUUUAUACCACCACAGUUUGGUGACAUCUCCUGUUGUAUGUUCUUCUCCAUGAUGACAUUUUUAUACCCUUAUACUGUACUGUUUACCUACAUGUCUUACUGUAUGUCCCCUCAAUGUCUCAUAGAUAUCAUCUGAACAUUGAGAGUUUUGGUAUUCAUGGGCCGUUAGAGGUUUCUAUCCAUGUACAGUUUGAUUAUAUGGGUUUUAUGCAUUUAACAUUUAAUACAAUAAUUCUUUGUCCUAGUUUUUCUAGAAAUGUAUGGGACAUUUGAAUGAUUCUGGAGAUGUUCACUGUCAACCGUUAUGGUACUUUCAAAAAGAUGUAAAGAUAUAUGAAUUGUUAUAUAUCAAAUCAAAUGUAUCAUAUUAUAGUUGGAUUUGUGUAUUGUUUUGAUUUUAGUUUCUGAGUGUUGUUUUUUACCUUUGUACAGAUUGUGUUACUAUUCUAACCUCUAUGACUCUUCUGUUUUGUUACUAUUAAGUUCUGUUUUGAUAUUGUCCCAUUCUACCUGAUCUUUGUUUAUUGAUCUUGUCACCAUGAGUAACAGUAGCCCAGCAGCAGCACAUCUUACACUGUAGAAACAUGUAAAAGAACCAAACCGUGAGAAAGUUGCGGGGUGAAAUGUAUUUGAAUAUAAUCUAAAUAAAUAUGUUCUACUCAGG